AUGCGUACCUUCAUUGUUUUAUGCUUAGUGGCUGUAGCCUGUGCCGACAAAUUGGGUUAUAACUACCAACCCGUUGGACACUCCGAAACGAUUGGCGGUGGUAGUGCUAGCGUUGUUGCUCCCGCCAUUGCUCCCGUUGCUGAAUUGGAAAAGGAAUUCUACACAUUCUCUGCCCCGGAAGGUGAAUUCAAUGAUCCCCAUGCCGCUGAACGUGUUGCUGGUAGCUUGAAGAAGGGACUCCGUGUUGUCUUCAUCAAGGGACCCGAAAACAAUGGUUUGGAAGAUGCUGCCUUGGCUUUGGCCAAACAAGCUGCCCAACAAGAAACUGCUAUCUAUGUGCUCAACAAACAAUCCGAUCUCGGUGAAUUGGCCAACAAACUUAACCAAUUGGGUGCCAACAACAACCAGAAACCCGAAGUUCACUUCGUCAAGUACCGUACCCCUGAAGAUGCUGCCAAUGCCCAACGUGCCAUCCAAAGCCAAUACGAUUCUUUGGGCGGUUCAUCUCACAGUGUUAAUGGCGGUGUUGCUCCAGUUUUGAACUUUGCUUCUCAGCCAGCUGUUCGUACUGCCACAGCUCAAACUCCCCAGAAUGCUUAUUUGCCAUCAUCGGUAUUCCGUCAUUAA